AUGAUCUCCUACAACUGCAAAGACGUGGGAUUCACGCCAUACGGUGAGGAAUGGAAGGCGUUGCGAAAGAUCUCGGUGGUCGAGCUCUUCAACGCUAAAAAGAUUCAGUCUUUAACGUAUAUCAGAGAGGAAGAGAAUGACUUGCUGGUCAAGAAACUGAUGGAAUCUGCUUCGUCACGACCUACCGUGAAUCUGAAGAAAACCCUUUACACAUUAGUAGGCAGUAUUGUGUGUAGGAUCGAGUUUGGGAUAAAUCUCCACGAGUGCGAGUUCAUGGAUGAAGAUAGAAUCGCGGAUCUUGCGGACAUACUUAAGUUAAUGGAGAAUACUAAUUUGUUCUCUGAUUUCUUUCCUGGAAGAAUCGGUAGAUUCGUUGAUUGGUUCUUAGGUCAGAACAAGAGACUAGAGAAUGCUUUCUCCGAACACAACACUUUCACCAAUAAUAUUCUCGAUGAUCAUCUUAAGCCUGAAAGAAGAAUACAAGAGAGCUCUGAUAUUAUCGACGUGAUGAUCGAUAUGAUGAGUAAGCAAGACGAAGAUGGAGACUCUUUCAAGCUCACCACAAAUAAUGUCAAAGGAAUGAUCUCGGGCCUAUUUAUAGCAGGAGCUAACACAAGCGGCGUCACAAUGAUAUGGGCAAUCACAGAGCUAAUUAGAAACCCUAGAGUUAUGAAGAAAGUGCAAGACGAGAUUCGGACAACGCUUGGGGACAAGAAAGAGAGAAUCACUGAACAAGAUCUUACCAAACUCCAUUACUUCAAGCUCAUGGUUAAGGAGAUAUUAAGGUUACACCCAGCAGCUCCGGUUUUGCUCCCAAGAGAGACAAUGUCUCACGUCAAGAUCCAAGGCUACGAUGUUCCCGCCAAAACCCAAAUCUUGAUCAACGCUUACGCGAUUGCACGUGAUCCAAAACACUGGAAAAACCCUGAUGAGUUUAAUCCUGAGAGGUUUGAAGACAGUUCCAUAGAUUACAAAGGACUAAACUUUGAGUUUAUACCGUUUGGUUCUGGUAGGAGGAUCUGUCCAGGGAUAGCGAUGGGGAUCGCCAUUGUUGAACUGGGACUGUUAAAUUUGCUUUACUUCUUCGACUGGGGAUUGCCGGAGAAGGAAGAAGGUGAUGAAGAGAUCAUCACCGGAAAUGAAGUUGCUCUUGACCUAGUUCAAGUUCUACGCCACUGA